AUGCACCAGAAGCUGCUGCGGAGUGCGCACUACAUCGAACUGGGCAGCUACCAGUACUGGCCGGUGCUGGUGCCCCGCGGCAUCCGUCUCUACACCUACGAGCAGAUCCCCGUCUUCCUGAAGGACAACCCCUACAUCACCGACGGCUACCGGGCCUACCUGCCCUCCCGACUGUGUCUCAAGAGCCUCUUCAUCCUCUCCAACGAGACUGUAAACAUCUGGAGCCACCUGCUCGGCUUUGUCCUUUUCUUCACGCUGGGGAUUUACGACCUGACGGCCGUGCUGCCGGCUGCCGGUGCCUCCCGGGAGGACUUUGUCAUCUGCUCAGUCUGUCUCUUCUGCUUCCAGGUCUGCAUGCUCUGCUCUGUGGGCUAUCACCUGUUCUGCUGCCACCGCUCCGAGAAGACCAGCCGGCGGUGGAUGGCCUUGGAUUAUGCGGGAAUCUCCAUCGGGAUCCUGGGCUGCUACGUCUCAGGCGUCUUCUACGCCUUCUACUGCAACAAUUACUGGCGCCAGGUGUACCUGAUCACUGUGCUGGCCAUGAUCCUGGCAGUGUUCUUCGCCCAGAUCCACCCCAGUUACCUCACGCAGCAGUGGCACAGGCUGCGCUCCGUCAUCUUCUGCUCCGUGUCUGGCUAUGGCAUCGUCCCCACCCUCCACUGGGUCUGGCUCAAUGGCGGCAUCGGCGCAGCCAUCGUACAGGAGUUUGCUCCCCGGGUAGCUGUCAUGUACUUCGUCGCUGCUGUAGCUUUUCUCUUCUAUAUUUCCAAAGUCCCAGAAAGAUACUUUCCAGGACAGCUGAACUACCUCGGCUCGAGUCACCAAGUCUGGCACGUCCUGGCAGUGGUGAUGCUGUACUGGUGGCACCAGUCCAUGGUGUACAUCAUGCAGUACAGACACAGCAAGCCCUGCCCUGAGUACAGCCCAGGCCUGUGA